AUGACGCUCCAAAAUCUCAGCGACCUGGAAAUGAGAAUCCUAGCUCGCAUGCGGGAACAGAAUUUAAACCCUUACGAGUAUGCGCCUCACCGCGACGUGUCGAUGGACGACAGUAGUGAAAGCGGAGAUCCCGAUUUUGGAAGACCCCCAUCACCGCACGCCAGCCGUCUAGGCAACGUCGACUGGUGCAGGUGCAAGCACUGCGGGCUUAUGCCGACGCUGGCCGAGUGCAUCUGCUGCAAGGACAUUGCAGAAAUCCGCAUUGAACAGCUCUGCGUCACAUUAGACACCGAUUUCGAGGCUCUGUGUCUGAAUACUGCUGUGCUAAGGGUCGCGUAUAUAGACGUCCAUGUUAACAGGGAGGAUGCCGAGAUCGCAGACGACCAUACGCGGUACAGAUAUACAGCAUAUCGUCAGUUUACCAGGUGGAUGUGGGGUUGCCUUGGGCAAGGAAACCGGCGCGUCCUGCCAUCUUGCGUGGUGCUGCGCAUACGGGAACAAUUUCCAUCAGCAACGUACCGAGGGUUCCGCCUUGCACCUCUCCUGUGA